AUGCUUGGAGAAAAGGAGGGGUCGACAGGGCUUGACCUGCAGACCAGACCCAGGCGGCGCCUUAAGUUGCAACUCAUAGCACUUCACCGCCACCCGCACUUCCCGUCCUCGCGUUUCCCCUUCGCUCAACCUUCCUUCCUCACCCAACCCUGCCGCCUGGCCCGGGGGUCACGCUCACCCGACCCUCGUCGGCCUUGGCGAGCGCGGGCCCGUUGCAGCUCGCAGAGCGGGCGGUCCUCGGGAAUCCGGGGUCGUCCCCGCCACACCUGGCGCCCCCGGCGCCGUGACCUCCUCCGCUGGGUACGGGGUCGGGGGGCCAGUUUCCGGCUGCGCCAUUGCUGUGUAGUACCGGACGCCGGACUUCGAGGACGCGGGGAGGGUGGGGUGGCGGCGGCUUUCUGGGGAGCGGCAGGUGAGGCCGCGCGGGGCGAACGGCGGCGCCCGGCUGCUCUCUGGCUCGGAGCCCGCGUCCUGCGCCUCCUGCUGGGGUGGCCUCCUGCCCGAGGCGCGGGUGGGCUGCGGCCUCCCGGGGCCGGUCCGGAAGCGCUGAGGGCCCCUACCUUUGCCCCCGAAGUCAGCCGGGGAACAGCCCCUCCCCUGCAGGAGCCCGGCCGUUGGUGGAGAGCCCCGGUGGGUGAGGUGCGCGACCCCCGGAAACUCCAACCAAAGAGCGGCAGCGAGAAAGGAGUUGGUCCCCCCAAACCGCCCAGAGUCAAGGUGAUUGCAGUGUGCAGACAAGCUUCAGAACCACUGAUCUCGACAACUCUGUUACUUCGUGAUUUCAAGAAAACCCAGUUGCAGCUUCUCCUGGGCUACCCGCCCUGCUGCUUCAUCAGCUGAGUCAACUUUGAGCCUAAGCAAGGCCACUGCAUGAGAGGUACUUGAGUCACCGAAAGGCGACAAUUAACAAUUAAUCAAAGACCACGGAUGGAUAUAAAAUGGUUGCCUGCAAAUUUUUCUAAAGUGAUUGUUAACUUGUUGAAAUUUUUCCUGAUAGCCAAAGUUUUGUGUUUCAGACUUUUCUAUUCCAUUUUCAUACACUGAUAGCUUCUUAAACAGUUAAUUUCAUGAAACUCUUAUCCACCAGGGUGACAUGUUUUUUCAUGCUUUUAGCAGUUGUUUUAGAAUUCCUUCUUUGACUUGGUUAUCUUUAAAAUAUCUAACUCGAGAGGGUUUUUACAUUGAGUGAGAACUGUUCAUUUGCCUUGUUUAACACAGUUUGAUACAAAGAUAAGUAUUUAAAAUUUUAUUUUCUAUGUCCGCACAGCACGUUAUUUAUUUAAGCAAUCACUGGCUGUCCAAAACCUGAGGGAAGCUUGAUUUUAAACAUGACAGCAACUGUUUACUCAUAGAUGGUGAACUUAAUGGUUGACACCCUUUACUAGAACUCCAGCAUUUGUACAAAUAACUACCAUACUGGCCUAUAAAAUUUUAAAGCUAAUAGUGUAACCUGAUAAAAAAUAAUGAUUUUGCUAUAUGCUUGUAUGUAUCUUAAGAGAAAUUAAUUAA